AUAAAUCAAUAAUUUUUCUAGAUUUUUUUUCUCUACAGUAUACAGUCUAAUGUAAUCUUCUGUAUACAUUUUAAAUAAUAUAUUUGUAUUUGUAUCUACGGCUUUUAUUAAAAUGACCAUAUUGUUAACUGUUUAAAUUACAAUGCACAUCAGGUUUGAGAAGAAUGUCAACACAAAAUGCGACAGCGACAUAUUGUCAUUGUCUUGGAUGGGCAGAGUUCCUGACAAUGUAAAUGUAUGUUUAAUAUAUAGUUAUAUAUGGUGUUAUUUAAUGAAUUAAUUUUUGAAAGUAAUAUUAAAUACUAAAGAAAUAUAUAUAUAGUAUUAAUUUUCAGAACCAAUUGUUUUAGGCACAAUUUUUAUGUUGUCUAAAGAACAUCAGUUUUUUUAAAACAUUUCUUUGUAAUAAGUGUUAUAAAACAUUGAAAUAAAUGUAAUUCAGUACCCAUGUUAAUUUUUCAGAUUUUUUUUCAAAAUUUGUCAAUCUGUUAUUUUAAAAGUUAAAAAAAUCGAUUGAAAAAACAUGACACAAUAAUUAUAAUAAAUGACAUCAAAGAUUUGAUCUUACUGUAUUUCGUGAUUAUUGGAAAAUAGGUGUGUAUAUUUAUAAUUUAAAACAGUUUUGAGAGUUCUUUAGUUUGUUGAUAUAAUUUUAAAAAAAAAAGUCUCCAAGGGAUAAAUAAAAAUGUCUCUUAUUUGUAAGCCAAAGACUUUUUUUACAAAUUUAUAUCAACUAAUUGAAUAAGUGCCUCUUAAAACUGUUUAUAUAUACCUACCUACGUAUACACAUCUUUCAACAUUCACUAAUUAUGGUCUUACUUGAUAAAUUUUGAUUUUUAUAGCAUUUAAUUUGAAAAUUUUGUCAUGUUUUGCAACUUAACUAAUAUAAGAGUAAACACUUUUAGGUUUAAUGCCUUAAAAAACUCAUAUUAAAUGUAAAGAAAUCUAUACAAAAGAAAAAUUAAAAAGAUAAUCUAUUUUAUUUAUAAACAAUAAUAUAUUUACUCAGAAGGUUAGAAAUUAAGAAGUCAUUACUGAUUUAACAUAAUAUUUGUAUUGUCUAUAAAUUAACAUUUGUUCUAUCUACAAAUAUAAUAUGUAGGUAUGAUCAAUAGAGCCUAUUUAAAUUUAGUUGUUUAUUAAUAAUAUUUACACAUUUAAAAUGAUUAAGCUUUAGUGAGAGUAAUUAAUAUACAUGUAAACAAAUGCAUUUAUCUUUAAAAUUAUAUAGGUAUACUAUUGUUAUAUUUAAAUAAAUUCAUAAAGAGGUUUUCAAAACUAUUUUUUGUAUAUUUGUGUAUCUAAAACUAAAAUGUAUUAAUAUAUGUUCUUGUAGGAAGAAGGAUGGACUUUGGAUGGACAUUAUUAUUAUAAACAAGGAUGGUUGGCAACAGGAAAUUCUCAAGGUCUUGUUGGUGUUACAUUUACUUCUAUACCUAUAAAUUGUGCACCUAGUACUGAUAAAUUACCUCUUCGUACCAAUUACAAUUUGAGAAAUCAUCAUGCCAAGGUAUCUCUUUGUUUAUUGUCUCUUUUUAAUUUUUUCAUAAUUUUGUAUUAUAUUAUUUUUAUUUAUUAUUAUAAUAUAUAUAGUAGAAGCCAUUUAUUUGGAACACUUUUGAACCAAUACAAAAUUUGUCAAUUAACCGAUAAUUUUUAAUAUGUGAUGGUUUACUAUGAUUAUUUUAUUUAUUAAACAUAAUUUAUUCUGUAAAACUAAUGAAAAAAACUAGGUAUUAUUACAUAUUACAUAUGUUAUUUGUAUUUUAUUUUGUUUAUAAACGAGCAAGAACCUUUUAGAACAAUAGUACAGUGAUGAUUAUUAUAUUGUAUAUUUAUUACAUUUUAUAUAUUAUGUAAAAAAUGUAUCUAUCAGUAUAACACUGAGGCAGCUCUCCCACUAGAACAGCAUUAUUGAUGCGACACAAUUAAAAAAUAAAAAACACAAGUGCGACAACUUUAAACGAUUUAAGUUGUGUUGUUUUUAAAAUUUUACUUGUAUUAUUUUUGACAAACGGGAUCUUCUUUUUUUUGGUCAUAUUGCCGAUGUAAUGAAACUGACCAAGUUCAGUCACGUACGAUUCUUAUCUGUUGCUUUGCAUGUAUGGAUAAACGGUGCAUAUACCAACUGGAUUUGUCGAUUUUGGCAUAAUUGUUUCAAAUAACUAACAUGUUGUUUUAAUAACAUGAUUGUAUUAAUUAUCAGUGUUUCUAAUAAUUCAUGGCUUCUACUGUAUAUUAUAUUAUAAACAUAUUUUAUUUUGUUUUGUUAUUAUCUUUUUAUUUUUAUUUUAGUUUUACAACAAUUUUAUAUUACAUUUGAAUAUCGCACAUUUUUUUAUUUUAUUUUUUAUUAUUGAUUGAUUUGGGUUUUCUCGUAUACAUUUUGGUAAGUAUAUACAGCUUUAAUAUUUAUUUUUAGUUAUAUAAUUUUUUGAUUUUUAUAUUACUUUGAUUAGUUAUCUUGAAAAUAUAAAGGUACAUAUAUGGUAUAUAUUAUAUAUACUUAGGGCCUUGCUAUGCUAUGUUUCUAAUGUUUCUAAUCUGCCAAAUGGGAAAUAAAAAAAUUCCAAUAUGGAAAAAAAAUUUUUCUAAUUAAAGAUAUCAUCACAACAUAAUGCGGUCAUGCGAAAAUUGAAAUAAAACACAUGUUUGUACAUUAUAGUUGUUAUACUGUGUUUUAUGAUAAGAGUUUUGUUUAGUGUAUCUGUAUAAAUGAUGAAUUGGCAGGAUAAAGUGUGGCAAGGUCUUUAAUAUAGACAAAGUGAAAUAUUUCUAUCCGUAGACUCAAACAACAAUUUAUUAUUUCUUAAAUUUAAUUUUAUUAAUCACAAAAGCUAAUUAUUUAUUACUUUGACAUUUUAAUUACUCUUAGUUAUUUUAUUAUGAAAUUUUUAUUAAAAAGGUUGUACUUGUGAAAUGGAAUGAACCAUAUCAAAAACUUGCAUCAUGUGACAGUUCUGGUGUAAUAAAUGUUUGGGCCAAGUUUGAUUUUCGUUGGAAUGUUGAACUAAUCAACGAUCGAAAUACUAGGGUUACAUAUUUUAGUUGGUCUCAUGAUGGCCGAUUGGCACUAAUAUGUUAUCAAGUUAGUAUCAUACAAACCAGACUUAACUAUGUCUUUUUAUAAUUGAAAUAUUUGUAUGUAUACUAAUGCUUAUUGCAUAUUUUACCUGUUGUUUAGGAUGGGUUUGUGUUGGUUGGCUCAGUUACUGGCCAUAGGUAUUGGUCUUCUAUGUUACAUCCAGAAGGAACAGUUACAUGUGGAGCUUGGUCACCUGAUGAUCAAGAAGUAUAUUUUAUUAUAUUCCAAUAUUUUAUCUAUUUUUAUUCAAUGUAUGAUAAUUUUAUAUAUUGUAUCAUUUUUAUUGAAAGGUAUAUUUUGGAACUAGCAGAGGUCAGAUGAAAGUUUUGGAUAUUCAUGGAACUCUAAUAUUUCAAAUAAACCUUUCAGAUGACUCUGGUAUUUCUUCUAUGGCUUGGUCUUGCGAAAAGUUUUGCAUGAAUGAGAACCGUAAUAAGUCAGAUUGUGAGUAUAUACUUGUUGUAGUACUUUUUACACGGUAUAUUGAAUUUAUAAGAAGCCUGAUAUACUUGGUUCCAAAAAUAAUAUCAGAAUGAUUUUUUUUUAAAAUAUUUAUACUUCUUCUCUACACGAUGAAUCUAAAAUAAAAUAUGUUAUGUAUUAUUGUUUUAAUUUUUGAGUGUAUUAUAUUUUCAGGUUUGUUUAAACAUGUCUUAGCAAUAUGUUGUAAAAAUGGUUCUAUUUUGUUAAUGCGCCGAUAUGAUGAUCCUGCUCCAAUACUUAUACGUACAGGUUUAUGUCCUAUUUAUAUGGAAUGGGCUAAUUCAAAAGAGCUGCUUUGUGUUGCUGGUUCAAAGCCUGGUAAACAAAGUGUUAACAUUGUGCAAAUUUAUUCAGACAAUGGUCAGUUAGUUUAUUCCAUUAAUAUGCCUCAAUCAUUAGUGAGUUAUCAUUUAUUCAAAUAUUUAAUAUAUAGGUAUUGAAUGCAUAUAUAUUUUUUAAAUUUAGACUAAUGUAACAGCUGUUACAUGGGCACACAAUGAUCGAAGAAUCUUAAUAGCGACAGGUCCUGAAAUACAUGUAGCAUGUGUAUCUGCAUCAGUUCUUCCUUUACAUAUACUUUGUGCUCUACGACUGUAUGAUGAAUCAUUGUUCCCACCAGAUAAAUUAAUUCCUAUUUGUGUUCAAGACAUUUUAUCUGCUAUUUCAUCAUCUACUAUUUAUGUGUGUAUAUUAAGUUAAUUGGAGUAAUAAUUAAUUGAUUUUAAUAUAUACAUAUUUGUAUUUGUUUUAGUGUGAAGUGCCCAAGUUGUCGGAAUUACGGCAGUUUGUAAGUAGUUCACCGAAAAAUCGUCUUUAUUGUACAGUUGUACAGCAUGUCAAUGGACCAGAUACUACACCGCCAGUCUGUUAUGUGUUAUACAUGGAAUAUCUUGGAGGUCUUGUACCAUUACUUAAGGGCAAAAGAAUCAGCAUGUUGAAACCUGAGUUUGUCAUAUUUGAUCCUCAAGUAGAUGGUAAAUACAAAAAAACACCAUUUGUUUAAAUGUUUUAAUAAUAUACACUUUAUUGUCUUGAUUACUGUGAUAUCCACUAUGUUGUUUAUAAUAUGUGAUAUAGUAAAAUUUUAUUCUACUGAACCUUAACUGUGGUUUUUGUAUUCAAUUAAUUUUUAGAUUCUGAGUAAAGCAAAAAAGCUUAUAGUUUUACAAAGAUGUUUAUUUUUUUAAUCUGUGCGCAAAUUUUCUACCAGAAGACUUACUCAGAUUUUUAAAUGUAGCUCUUUUUCUGAAAGGAAAUCAGCAUGGGGAGGUACUUUGGGGAGGUCAGUAUUUAAUUUUCUCAGGAGUUUUUUUUUUCGUGGUUCAAUAGUUUAUCAUUGUUUACAGGUAUACAUUUAAUUACCUAUAACAGUGGCUGCACUCGUCCCCAUUAUCCUAUAGGUCUGUUUUUUUUGUCAUGUAUGAUAAUGUGUCAAGAAGAUACAUUUUUUUUUUUUUUUUUGAGAACAUGCAGUCUUUUUUUGUUUUGACAUUAUUCAACAAAAUAAUCACAACUAUUUUAAGACGUAAAUACUAAGUCCCAUUAUUAUAAUUUGUUUACAUUUUAUUAUACUUAAUGUAAUUUAUUUUGUCUCUUGACCUAAAAAUAAUUAUAGUUGAACAUCAUCACUUAGAUUAAUUUUAAUAAUAUGUUUAAAUUAUUUUCUAAUUUUACAUUGAGUUUUAAUGAUUGGCUAAAUAUUUCUACUGCAAAGGAUAAAAUAAACAUAGUAUACCUAUCCUUUAUAUAAUACAUAUUAAAUUAUAUUAUUUUUUUAUAUAGAUAUGACAUAUGCUAAUGCACAGAUAAGUUACAGUAAUUUUGGUUGGGAUGACUCUGAGCCUGAAACUUGCUCUAGUCCUAAACUUCAUCGAAAAAAUAGGCAUAGAUCAAGACCUGCUUGUUGUAAUCGGAAAUUACAGUUAAAUUGUUAUACUGAUGUGUUACCAGAAGUAUUUAAAUGGAAUCAUUAAUCAUUAAUAAAAUAAAAUUUUUUAACAAUUUUACGAUUAUGUAGGAUUAUCGUUUGGCAGAAGUCACAGCAAAUGUCUGGGGCACAAAAUUUCAUAUUCGAGGAGUGUGUGAUGAUUUGACUAAAAAGUUAGGCAGAGUUUCGUACCGUACGUCCAUUUUACAUUUACAACCUCGCCAAAUGACUUUGUCUAUUGUUGGAGAUGGACAAUCACUAGAUGAUGAUUCUUUAACCCCAAAACAUCUUCAAAGACGGCGCAGCUGUAGUGUGGGAUCAUCAAAUCCUAAAAUAGCUGUAUCCAGAGUGGUGGAAGACUCUAAGGUAUCCGAGACAUUUGCUCAUAGUUUGCCUACUAGUCCAGUUGCAGCCAAAAAGAAAAGUAGUUCACCAUCAGCUAUUAGGUAAAUUAGUUUUAUUAAUUAUGCUUAUUCUUGUACUUCAGUAUUUAAUUUUAUUUAUUUAUAGAAAAAGGUUAAUGAACUCACCACUAUUCUUCCGUAAAGUUCUUAGAACACAAAUUGAACCAGAUUUUCAAAAUUUAGAAACAUUUCAAAAAUCUCAAAUAAAAAAUAAAGUUUGUAAAAUAAAAUCAAUAAAAUUGAUUAUACAUUUAUGUCCUACUAUUGUAAUUUUAGAUUGAUAUGUGUACCAAAAGACAGCAAUUUGUUAUGCAGAACAAAGCACCUAUCUGGAAUGAUCUAACUCAAGUCUAUCAGUUAGACUUUGGAGGCCGUGUUACUCAAGAGUCUGCUAAAAAUUUUCAAGUCGAAUAUGACGGUAUACAAGUGAUGCAGUUUGGACGUAUUGAUCGUAAUAAUUUUGCUCUAGACUUUCAAUACCCCUUUUCAGCCGUCCAAGCGUUUGCUGUUGCACUCGCAAGUGUUACUCAAAGGCUCAAGUAAAAUUAUUGAAAAAAUGUACAUUUCAUUAAGACCCUUUUUUUUUCACAGGCGUGUAACAUAUUAUUUAUCAACACCCUGUAAAAUUUGUUUGAUAUUUUUAAAUAGUAUUUUUAUUAUAUAGUGCAAUAUUUCACAAUGUUCCUUUUUAGAUUUAGUAUUCACAAACUAUUUAGCUAAGAUAGCAUAAGGAUCUCUUUGUUAAUCGCUUUAACAAAUAUUCACUAUUGCAACCUUCAAUAAUAAAAUUAUACUUCUCAUAUCAAAUUUUAUGUGUUCAUAUGUAUUUCAGUAUUAAUUAUUUAAUUAUGAAACAAAUAUAAUUAAAUUAUACAAUUAAUAAUAAAUUGUUUGUUAUUUUGUUUAUAAAGUAUUUUAGAAGAUCCAUAUCUUAUGUAAAUAAUUUAUCUAUGAGUAUUACAUAAAAAUCCACUUUCUAAUCAUCAAAUGGGAUAGUUUCUAAUAUUAAAGGAUGAUUUCUCUGUGAAAAAAAACCAUCUUUUUUAGUCAACAAUGAUUUUUCUAUAAUCUUGAUUUUAUAAACGGUUAAUAUUUAAUAAAAUAAAAAUCAUGUCAUAAUAUAGUAUUACAUUGUUACAUAAUAUUUAUUAUUUUAUUAAAUAUCUUUUAGUUAAAUACAUUUUUUAAUUGAAGUUUUGAAAUACAAUACUAAAGAAAUAAAAAAAUAAAAGUAGUUCACAAUUUUAUAAAUUACAAUUCAAUUUUAACUAAUCUAUAUGUAAAAUAUUUGUAUUUAUAAUGUACUUAUAUAUUAUAGUAACAUUUAUUUUCUUACUUUUACACAAGUAACUAAAGGAGGAAUAUUACAAGAGCAUGUUGUAUUGUAUGUGUCUGAGUCUGUUUGCUGGGUAAUGGUUAAUUGUUGACCUAAUGAUAAACUAUGGUCUCCAUAUUUGCAUUCAUAGUUACUGGAUUUACCAGAAGGAGUUAUUUCAACAACAGUAUUGUAUUUGGC